UUUUGGAAGUACAAACCGGAAGUGUUGAGGUGAACUUGACUGGAGUUUGUAGUACAGCCGAGUACAGCCAGCCAGGUGUUAGCUGAAGGAAACUGGCUGUCGGUCUGGCCAGCGAGUCACUCAGUGCGUGGAAUACUCGUGGAAUCAGCCGAUGAAAGCACAAGUAUCCAGCCUUCAUUACAGCGGGAACGGAAACUUGACUCGGCCUGUGAAAACAGUAAUUUACCAUGAUGGCAGUGAUGGGAAGCGCCGGUCGCUUGAUCCAAUUUGCCAGGAGCAGCGUCAGUCUGACUGUAAGGAAACGCUCCACUGCUGCUGCUUUAGCCCAGGCUGCGACUCUAGAAACACAGGAGAACAGGAAACCUAAGACGGGCAUCUUGAUGCUGAACAUGGGAGGACCUGAGAAACUAGAAGAUGUUCACGACUUCCUGCUGCGGCUCUUCAUGGACACAGACCUGAUGAAACUCCCUGUGCAGAGUAAGCUCGGUCCGUUCAUCGCCAAGCGGCGCACGCCAAAGAUCCAGGAGCAGUACAGUAAGAUUGGAGGAGGCUCGCCCAUCAAACACUGGACCUCCAUGCAGGGAGAGGGCAUGGUGAAGCUGCUGGACGAGAUGAGUCCUGAGACAGCUCCUCACAAGUUCUACAUCGGUUUCCGAUACGUUAAGCCGCUGACGGAGGAGGCCAUCGAGGAGAUGGAGAGAGAUGGAGUGGAGAGAGCUGUGGCCUUCACACAGUAUCCUCAGUACAGCUGCUCCACCACAGGCAGCAGUCUGAACGCCAUCUACCGUUACUACAGCAACAGAGGCGACAGGCCAAAAAUGCGCUGGAGUGUCAUCGACCGUUGGCCCACACACCCUCUGCUGGUGGAGUGUUUUGCAGAACACGUCAGAAACGAGCUGCUGAAGUUUCCAGAAGAGAAGAGAGACGACGUUGUCAUUCUGUUCUCAGCACACUCACUCCCUAUGGCUGUUGUAAACAGAGGCGACCCAUAUCCUCAGGAAGUGGGAGCCACCGUUCAGAGAGUCAUGGAGAGACUGGGACACUGUAACCCUUACAGACUAGUGUGGCAGUCCAGGGUGGGGCCCAUGCAGUGGCUCGGCCCACAGACGGACGAUGUGAUUAAAGGUCUGUGUGAGCGUGGGAAGAAGAACCUCCUGCUGGUGCCCAUCGCCUUCACCUCGGACCACAUAGAGACUUUACACGAGCUGGACAUCGAGUAUGGGCAGGUGCUGGGGGAGGAGUGCGGGGUGGAGAACAUCAAGAGAGCAGAGUCGUUGAAUGGGAACCCGCUCUUUAUGAAGGCUCUGGCAGACCUGGUCAAUACCCACCUGAAGUCCAACGAGGCCUGUUCCCGUCAGCUGACCCUCCGCUGCCCGCUGUGCACCAACCCCACCUGUGGGGAAACCAAGGCCUUCUUCGCCAGCCAGCCAACCACAUAGAAACACACACACACACACACAUAUGGUGCCCUUACUGCAGCAAUGCUACCUGUGAAGAAAUUUAAGGCCUUUUUGAUAAACAGAAGACUCAUACACACACACACACACACACACACAUAUAAACACACACCGUGUCUCCAGCAAUAGUGUCAGUUACAUAGAAAAACAUAACAUGAGGGACUUGGGGAAAUGGUUUCUGUGAAUACAUUUUGACGUUUGUUUUAUUGUACCUAAAUGUCGAAUGGGAGGAGUUUAACCACAGCAAGUACCUUACUUAAUGGGAACAAUACACAAACUCAAUCCAAAAUUGGCAUUUUAGUAGCAUUUAGUAUAUCAUAUUUUAAUAAUCAAACAAAAUGCUAAUAUUAGGCUUUGAAUACACGGACGAAUACAAUUUAUUUUUGGUUUUUGGUCUUUCCAUGGGAUUUGUAGAAAAUAAGAAGAAAAGAAAAAAAAAAAUCUUCUAAUAUCUGCAUCUUAACACUCACUUCAGAUAAUUCAUGAUUCCGUAAAUGACUCCCAACCUGCACACCACACGGAUUAAAACAAACGCGAAUUAGCAAAAAGUCUGUGAAGGUAAAAGAACUGACACUGUGCAGAAACUGCUCACAUCCCAUCAAAGCUACAGAAAACAAAAGCCUUGCACUAUUUUUGUGUGUCUUUUAUUGCAGCUCUUCUGCUUACAUUCCAUGCGAUCAGCCCCUGUAAACCCCCAUCAGAGACCCUGUUUCUCUUCUUGCUGGGGCUAAAUGAAAAACAGUCCGCCGUGACGACGAUGCCACACACAAGGGAUCUGGUCGCUGGGCUGUUUCUCCCCAGCUUUUUCACCUGUCACUUCAUGCCAUUGACCCACCAGCCAGCCCUGCUGCAAUUCUUGCAAUGUGAUUGGAGGAGGUUGGUUGCUGCUCAAAACGCUGCUGCCUGUUAGGUGGACACCACUGAGCUUAAGAGAGUAAAAAAAAAAAAAAAAAAAACUAUUUAGAAGGAAUUACGUGGCUACUUUAUUUAGGAGAGUCAACUUCAUGACAGGAAGAUUUAAGUAAAAAAA